CUGCCAUUGCCUGCCCACUCAGCACACAGUUGUGAAGAAUAUAUUUUGGACUAAGGAGACAGUCAGGUGGAACAGGAGAGGAAAGCCUGUGAAGAAAGUGAAAAAGUGGCAAAUACUUGCCAGGGAGUUUGACAGAACUGACACAUUACUAAGACACUGUGAGCAACUACCAUGGGAAAUACUACCAGUAGCGCAUUAUCAAAAGAGAUCCUGGAGGACCUCAAGCUCAGCACCAAAUUCACUGAAAAUGAGAUCUGCCAGUGGUAUGAAAACUUUCAGAAGCAGUGCCCGACGGGACGCAUAACUCCAGAGGAGUUUGAGGAGAUCUACACCCGCUUCUUCCCUGAGAGCGACGCCAAGAGCUACGCACGGCAUGUGUUUCGCUCCUUUGACACCAAUGACGACGGCACUUUGGACUUCAAGGAGUACAUCAUUGCUCUGCACAUGACCUCCACUGGCAAGACGACCCGGAAACUGGAGUGGGCCUUCUCGCUGUUUGAUGUAGACAAGAACGGAUACAUCAACAAGACAGAGGUGACAGAGAUCUGCCAGGCCAUAUUUAAGCUGAUCCCCAAGGAGGAGCAGAGCAAGCUACCAGAGGAUGAGAACACACCCGAGAAGAGAGCCAACAAGCUGUGGGCUUACUUUGAAAAGAAAGACAACGAGCGACUGGCUGAGGGAGAGUUCAUCAAAGGAGUGAUUGAAAAUGAGAAUGCAAUGCGUCUUAUCCACUAUGAACCGAUCAAACAGUAAAGUCAGUCUCACUUAUCCCCUCUUCUUCUUUCUUUAAUUAGGCUCUUUCUAUACUUUCAAAACUUUUGUUUUCCUUCUUCCCUUAAAAGCCUCGUACUUUUUCUCUCCCCUCUGCUUUAAUCCACCCAACUCCUCUGUGUAAAUACUCUUUUCUGCAGUGUCUUGGUUGCAACUAACUUUUUAGUCACUCUCCAUUAUGUGACAUUGAUUUACUUCUGUUUUUGUCCAUGAAUUUAUAUCAAAUAGAGAAUAGUAGAGGCAAAAUAGUGUUUCAAAAUGUGUACAGACAAAAAGAUACGUUUAUGAUGACCAUAUUGAGCCGAUACAUAUCAUAUUGUUAACCUCUAAAUGCUUUAAGUGACAUUUUGGCUCUGGAGAAACUGAUUGUUAAUGACAAGUAUCAUACCAGAUAUUAGCUUGUUAGCUUUUUUACAGACUUUGAGAUGUCUUAAUAUAGAGUUGUAGUUUACAAGUGUUG